AUGAAACAAUUCACAGUCGAAGUUGGACCUGAGCAGCCUAACGGCGGUCGCAUUCGUAGAUCCGUUUUUGCCCCUGAGGGAUUGAACCGUGUACCAAAUCAUAACGUACACACACUGUAUGAUGUGCUCUCCAGAAGUGCAACAAAGUAUCCCGAGAGAAAGGGUUUCGGCUUUCGCAAGGUGGAACAGAUGGUCGACGAGGAAAAGGAGGUCUCCAAGUUUGUCAAUGGUGAAGAGAUCAAGCAGAAAAAGACUUGGAAGUACUUCCAACUGUCGCCCUACCACUAUUUGACUUACAAGGAAGCUUCACGCUUGGCGCACGAUGUGGGUGCUGGUUUCAUUCAACUCGGUCUCAAGAACAAAUCUAAAAUCGAGCUGUUUUCUCCUACAAACAUGUAUUGGCUGCUGACAGCCCACAGUGCAUUCACUCAAAACAUGACUAUUGUCACUGCCUAUGAUACACUCGGUGAGGAGGGUUUGCUCCAUUCCAUGAACGAGACCGAGGUCGAGGCUAUUUACACGGUGGCUGAUUUGCUGCCUACCGUUCAAAAGAUUGCUGCCAAGUGCCACAGUUUGCGUUAUAUCAUCUACAGUGGUGAGAUCAGCACGGAUGCAUUGGACAAAGUGAACGCUGGCGUCUCUCAAAAGAUCAUCUCGUUGGACGAAGUGGCUAAAUUGGGCAGAGAAAACGCAAGAGAAGCCAGGCAGCCUGAGCCUGAGGAUUUGUGUUGUAUCAUGUACACCUCUGGAAGUACGGGAAAUCCAAAGGGUGUCAUGUUGUCGCAUAAGAACAUUGUCGCUGCCAUUGCCGGGUGCAAUACCCUCUUGGGUCAUCUUAUCACAGAUCAUGAUAGUAUGAUGGCUUACCUUCCCUUGGCGCACGUAUUGGAAUUUGUAGUAGAGAAUGUCUGUGUCUUUUGGGGCGUUACCUUGGGCUAUGCGUCUGUUCGCACAUUGACAGAUGCCUCGGUGCGUAACUGUAAGGGCGACAUCAAGGAGUUUAGACCUACAAUGAUGACAGGUGUACCCGCUGUUUGGGAGUCGAUUCGCAAGGGUAUCUUGGCCAAGAUUGGCGAGGCAUCUCCCAAAGCACAAAAGAUGUUCCACAAGGCCUACGCAACCAAAGCAUGGCUAUUGGAGCGCCACUUGCCUACAGGCUUUAUCGACAAGGUAGUGUUCAACAAGAUCAAGGAUCAAGUGGGUGGUCGUCUUCGCUUUGCCUUAUCGGGUGGUGCUCCCGUGUCAGUAGAGACACAAAAGUUUUUGUCUGUAGCUAUCUGCCCUAUUCUCGGUGGUUUUGGCAUGACAGAGAGCUCUGGGUAA